AUGAACUCCUCCGCCGCCUCGUCCACGUGGCAGCUCUCCUCCACAUCCCUCAACGGGAAAGGCGAAUCCGUCACCCUCAGCCGCCUCACCAACGGGCUCCGCCCGAAACCCGGCAGCGCCGGUGACGCCGCCGCGCUGGCGGCCAUCACCACCGCCGCCUCCAUCAAAUCCGCCUCCGAGAGCGGCCGUCCACCGGAGUUUCUGCCGCCGCAGUCGCGGCGGCCGGCGGCGGCGGCAUGGUGGUGGUGGUGGUGGAAGAUGAGGUUUUGGAUUGCCUCUUUUCCGGCGACCUUGCCGCGCCUCAUCAUGGUGUUGACGGCGGAUAAUAAUUUCCCCUUUGAAAAGCCUUUCCUCAGCAUGAAAUAUAUCGCUUGGGCCAAUUUCCAGAUCUUUUUGGCCACCAUUGCUAGAUUUUGCUCCAUUUUGGGGGAAAAAAAAUUAUGA